CUUCCCCCUUCACUUCAAACCCCAUCACCCUAAUCGCCACCAAAUUCAGCCCCCUUUCAAUUUCCGUGCCUUUCUCUGUCCUUUUCCAUGGCGGCCUAUGUGGACCCUUUGGUGGUGGAGCGAGUCAUCGGCGAUGUGGUCGACAUGUUUGUGCCCUCGGCUACCAUGUCGGUCUACUACCAUUCCAAGCAUGUCACUAAUGGCUGCAACAUUAGGCCUUCUCUUACCGAUGAUCCUCCCAGGAUCCUCAUGAGUUCUCUUAAUCUCUCCGACCUUUACACUCUGGUGAUGGUAGACCCGGAUGCUCCGAGCCCGAGUGAGCCUUAUAUGAGGGAGUGGGUGCACUGGAUCGUUGUGGAUAUCCCUGGAACUGGAAAUGUGAACUUAGGAAGGGAGAUCUUGGCGUACACGGGGCCUUGUCCACCCAUCGGAAUUCACCGCUACAUCCUGUUGCUGUUCAAGCAGAAGGGCCCUAUUGGAAUGAUCGAGCAGCCAGCCACCCGAGCCAACUUCAACACUCGCCACUUUGCAACCCACCUCGAACUCGGCCUCCCCAUCGCUGCUACCUAUUUCAAUGCCCAGAAGGAGCCUGCUGCCAAGAAGGUUGCCACCGCAGCAUGAAUGCAAUACCCACCCGUCACCCGUCACCAGAUCAUCCAUCUGUAUGGAUGUAUCUAUAAUGCAUAAUAAUAAUAUAUAAAAGUAUGUGUAAGAAUAAGAAAGAGUAUACUGCAAAGGGAAGUCCUAAGCAGCUAUGCUUCUUCCCUUCACCUCUCUUCACU